AUGUCCAGACCCUAAGGACACUGUCUCCUCCUGCUCAAACACACACAUUUAUAAUAAACCACACAGCUGGAGCUCACAGCAGCAUCGCUCAACGAUUUGACAAAUAGGCCUUACAGUUUGCAUUUUCUUUGUUGCUGCUUGUCAAUCAGCACAUUAUUAUUUUUAAGACAUGUGCCGGACUGUAUUUUUUUCUCAAAAAUGUGUUUGUUUCAUACAGAUUCGAGCAACGGGUGAAAGAUUUAUUAAGUGCUAAACACAUGUUAGCAGAUAAGCAACAUCGACGUGGACCUGUCUGGUGGAGAAAUAAAAUGGAGGGAUGGGUUAUUCUAAUGAGGAUUUAUUUACGUCAACCCGUUUCCCGUUUAUUGUUACGUAUUGACGCAGGGUGCGGCCCAUUUAGGUCCGAUGUAAGGAAACUAGGAGACGGUAAAGCGCUUGCAUUGGUGUGGUCUUGUCAAGAAAACCGCAAGAUGGGGAUCUGCCUAGCAACACAUCAGACUCCUGGGAGCAACCAUUGGAAUCUGUCCAAGAAAUAUCAGCUUAAGAAGAACUCCAAAGAAGAAGAUGAAUUCAAGUACACGUCAUGUCGAGCUUUUCUCAUGACCUUAAAUGAACUGAACGACUACGCGGGUCAGCAUGAGGUCAUCGCUGAGAAUCUAUCCUCUCAGAUCAUGGCAGAGUUGACUCGGUACAUUCAAGAACUGAAGGCGGAACGCAAAUCGCAUUUUCAUGAUGGGCGUCGAGCGCAGCAACACAUUGAAAAUUCCUGGAAGCAGUUGGAAUCGAGUAAGAGAAGAUUCGAACGGGACUGUAAAGAAGCGGAUCGGGCUCAGCAUUACUUCGACAAGAUGGAUGCCGACAUUAACGUGACUAAGGCGGAUGUGGAGAAGGCGAAACAGCAAGCUCAGUUGAGACAUCAGAUAGCCGAGGACAGUAAAAAUGAGUACCUGACCUACCUGCAGAAGUUCAACAAAGAUCAGCAUGAGCAUUACUACACUCUCAUACCACAUAUCUUUCAGAGGAUACAGGAGAUGGAGGAGCGGCGAGUGGGCCGAGUGAGAGAGAGCAUGCGUGUGUACUGCGAGGUCGAGCGGAAAGUCUUGCCCAUCGUCAGCAAGUGUCUGGACGGCAUGACCAAAGCUGCUGAAUCCAUUGAGCCUAAAAUGGACAGCAAACAAGUGGUUGAGUCGUAUAAAUCGGGCUUCGAGCCGCCGGGCGAUGUGGAGUUCGAUGACUACAGCGUGUCUAUGAAGAGGGCGGUGUCAGAAUCAAGCUUCUUAAAUGCUCGAGGAGAGAACAGACGCCGGAGCAGGAGUAGACUGUGGCCUUUACUCAAGAGGAACAAGCUUAUGUCUUUGUUAGCAUCACCCCGUCAGCCCCCUCCCCCUCCUCCCACCUCCCCGUCCCCUGAGGGCCUCCCGAACGGCCCCCAGUCCCCUCAGCAGCCCAAGGAGCCCCUGAGCCAACGCCUCAAUGACUUCAUGAGCACCAAACACAAAAUGCACUGCCUGCGGAGCCUGAAGCGAGGGCUUUCUCUAAAGCUGGGAACAGGCCAAGAGGACUACAGUCAUCUCCCACCCGAACAGAGAAGAAAAAAACUUCAGGCCAAACUCAAUGACAUCAACAAGGACAUCCAGAAAGAGAUGGAUCAGAGGGAUGCUUUGACUAAAAUGAAAGAUGUUUACAUUAAGAAUCCUCACUUAGGGGAUCCAGACAGUAUAGAUCCACGGUUAGAGGAGAUCAUGCACAGCUUGGAAAAGUUGCAGCUUGAAGGGCAGAAAUUUGAGGGCUGGCUGACGGAAGUGGAGAGAAAGUUACUUGAAAAGGGAUCCGAGCCUCAGAGACAGAGUGGACAUUUUGACUCGCAGGGAAACACGCCUCUUACCAACAACUACGGUCAAAACCGUGAGAGUCCGGAUGGCAGCUACACGGAAGACCACAGCACCGAGACCGGCAUGCAGUUCAAAUCCCGCAGCACUGAGUUUGAUGAAGAGUUUGAUGAUGAGGAACCUCUACCCACCAUUGGAACCUGCAAGGCGCUUUAUCCAUUUGAAGGCCAGAACGAGGGCACCAUAUCCAUGGCCGAGGGAGAGAUGCUGUACGUGAUCGAGGAGGACAAGGGUGACGGCUGGACUCGUGUGCGCAGAAACGAGGACGAGGAAGGAUACGUGCCCACAUCAUACAUCAAACUCUUUUUGGACGCCGGUGCCAAAGGUGCUAUGACAUACAUAUAAUCCCACGUCACAGUGCUUUUACUGUACAUACAGUACAGCAGACGAGACCGUGAAAUGUCAUCGUACUCGUAUAAAAGAGGAAGCAGAGCUCUUCCUGUUUUUAUACCAUAUAGCUUAUUGCACAGUUCUGGUCUGUAUUUAUUUUUUGAAUUAUUUCACCCUCAGAUAUGUUUUGGAAUCAUACGGGCAUAUUAGGCAAUAAAGACACAGCUGCUGUGUCAUUUUGAUAUCAGAUGGAAAUGGCUGGUUUACCAACAUAUCACGUUGAUAUAACAUAUUUCGCGAACAUAUUUAGCAUAUCCGUUUACUUCUGCGAGACUUUUGGUUUAUUCAGAUUUCAUUUUUACGUCCAACAAGAUGUUUUAAGACCUAAUUAAUAAUGUCUUGACAGAGAAAGCAAUUACUUUGAAACUCUGGCAAUAAGAAAUAUUUCCUGCCCUGCGACGUGGCCUCAAAACUACAGAUUAGUUAGUUUUUAAUUGUCCUUUUUUUAAGAGACUAAGAGAUUUUUGCAUGAGAGAUGAAUAGAAUAAUAAUUUCUCAGGUACAUUUACUUUACCGUAAAUGCUCGUACCUCAUGAAUAUCUGGGAUUUUCUUUCCCCGCAGCGAAUCGCCUUCGGUUUCAAGGCGUAUCAAUAAAACUGUAAAAAUGAUUGCAUGUAUCUAUGAGGCUUUCUCUAGCUUUGCAGUGACCGCUGUACAAACAUCAUGUUUUGAAGUAAAAAAUACAGUUAUGAGCCUCUCUGUGUAGUUACGCAAUGAAAUAAAAAGUGCUUGCAUGUUAUUCGUACAUUGACCAGCAUGAACCACUAACAGAAUAUGAAGUUCUGUGUCUAAAUAGAGAUUUCUAGGACAGAAAAUCACAACGCAGUGUUUGAUAGGAAUACAUGCAUGUCAGGCUUUUAAUCGCGGUGUCAUUUUUUCUUCACGCGCUUUAUCUGCAGCUAUUAAAUACGCAUCAGUUGCUCAAUAGUGCUGCAAGUUAAAUACGAAGAGUUUUGUAUAGUUUUUAUGAUCCCUGUCUUUAAUUCCCACAAGCCUUGUGGGUUUAUACUCCCUUCAGUGCUUUUACUGAAUGUUUUUAACCCAUACUGUACUUUCAUUGUCUGUGAAUCUGGUCUGUUGUCAACGACUGUCAUAGAAUUCAAUUCAAAUGCAACCCGUCUAACACGUCUUGUGUGGUGUUUUCUUUCUGUUUUUUUCUUUGCUUUUCGUUUCUGUUUUCUUUCUUGCAGAUCCCUAAAAGUGUUUGGCUGGCACAGGAGUGGCAGGGCAAGCGUCCUUGCGUCAAACAUCUUCCUCUUGUUACUGUAGUCAGAGAAAUGGCUUGUGGGGGACGGGAGAUUCCCUUUUUAACACGAACCCUCUCCUCCGCCGCAAAACGAAUCCUGACUUUUCAUGCCUAGCGUGGUGAUUAUUUGCAAACGCUUGCUUCUCGUAUGGACCUAGAAUAUUUAGCCUCGUGCCGUAGCCGCUUGCUGUCGGACCAGAGCCCUUAGGUUUGUUCGCAGAGGCACAGAUCAAGUGCCAUGUACAUGUUUUGUUGUUGCCUGGCUUUGCUUCGGAGCCCCGAGGAGUUUCCUCGUGAAGAUUUUAGGUUUCAUAAAUAUUUGUCAGUGCGGACUCUUGAGUUCUGUGAAAUCCUAAAACUUGGGAAAUGUGGGGACUGAUUUGAUACGCAUUAGGCUCGCUUUUCUUUGUUCAGUUAAUGGAGUGCUUGCAAGGCAGCAAUGUUCUGAAAUUUCAUCAUGAUGACAUCAUCAUCAUCUUUGCAGUCAUAAAGACUUCCUGAUCCGUGCAGUUUUUUAUCCCCCUGCGUACAAAAAGUAUGCCAUCAACGUAGAACCCGUGGCGUUGGGCCGGGAGGUCUUUUUUAAAGACAAAAUUUUGGGCUUUUUGAAUAUAAUCAUUCAGAACACUCUAUCAUCCCGGCGGUGACUUCUUAAUGAUGCGUUUCAAUUAAAAGUCAUUUUUGUCAACUUUUAGGAGUACACUAACAUAUGUAGAUGUCCCAAAAGUCUGUUUUUGUUUUCACGAGGUCUUUUGAUUUAUGCGGAGCCAAACGCUCAGAAUUCAAAAUAAAACAUUUAUAUCAAUGUAAUGUUUGCAUUAUUAUUUUUCUCACUGUAUACUGUAUAUGUAUUUAUAUACUUUCAACACUGCUUUUCCUGCCUUGCAAGCACUGGUUUCUCCAUCAGGAAAUGUAAAUGUAGAUUUAAUGAUUAGUAGUAGUAUUCUAAUGAAUGCAUAUAUUCCCCCUUCAUCUGGUGUGAGUGUUCUGUGAGGUGCUGUUGUAGAUGAAUAGUUCUUCAUGGCAGGUGAAGCGGUAAGCAUCUUCUCUCACUCUUUCCUCCCGGGGAAGAAAGAACUGUCACCUCACUCGCUCGCUCGCUCACUCAUACACACUUUCUUUCUGCGAUGUGUGCACACGCCACAGCCGCACCCUACACUCUCACACCGUCUCUUCUGUUGUCUCACACGUGUCUCAGACACGCUCUCUCUUUCGGUUCUAGGCUUUCUCAGACAUAUUCUCUAUUUCUGCUCUCGCAUCUUUCCUGUUUUACCAGGGUUCUAUUCAGAUGGGACUAGCUUUCAUGUUUAAAUUUACAGUUUGCAGACUUUUUAAUCAUGUCUUAGUACAAUAACUCAGAUCUCAGUAGGGAAUGCCUGUGAUUGCAGUAUAUUCUAUACCUUUUUUAUUCUUUGUAAUGACUAUUAUCAAAAACUGUAAAUAUAGGUACAUUUGGCUUUUUAGUGUCAGAUGUUCAUAUUGUCUAUGUUAAGAAAAUUAAAAUGGAUCAUUCAUGCAUCAGAAAUGAAUCCCGUCUGAAUAGUGCAUAUUUCCUUUCUAUAUUUUAGAAUAGUCUCUUCUUUUACUUUUAUUCUCUUUCUCUCAAUAUCAACUGUUUUCUUUCUUUCUUUCUUUCUUUCUCCCUUUCAUUUUCACACCUGACAUCUGUGCCCCUUUAUUUUCUUUUACUCUCCAGCAAAUGGACUUUUUCUUUGCUUUUUAUUAUUUCACCAUAAGAUUUUAGUUUUUUUACUCAAUUUUUUUUCUCUAUCAACUGACUUCUCUUGCUUUUUAUUCACUUUAUUGUCUUUGCAACUUGUUUCUCGCUGUCACAACAGCAGGUUUCUAUUUUUCUCCAAAUCUCAUUUUGCUUUUUCGUUUUCUCACUCACGAAAACUGGUUUCUUUCUUUCUUUCUUUGCUGUUCUUCCCUUUUUUCUCUCUCUUUUUCAUCUCUCUCAUCUCAGUGGACGUGGCUGUGUGUGGUGUAGCUGUAGUGGUGCAGUGAUUCAGUAGAUGUUGAUGGUGGUCCUCAGCUGGUGCUGUGUUUCGACGCAUGCAUGCUUGCCCUGUCUCUUUGUGUGUGUGCCAGUCUUAGGGGGUCCAGUUCUCUCCAUAAAGUUCAAGCUCUCGACUUCUGACGGUUGAACUUAAGCUUUGGAAACUGUGUUUGUGCCUGUUUUUAUUUCAUUCUACUGUAUCUUGAGUGUUUAUUACUAUUAUUUUUUUAGUUUUUGAAAGAUCUGCAUGAUCACUCGUCUACACCCCCUCGAGUUACUUUUUUGAAGUGUUUACACUGUUUUUCUUCUUUUGAGAUUUUCUGAAUGAUUAAUGUGCAAGAGUCCAAAAUUAAAUUUGCCGACAAGUAAUUUUAUUAGAAGUAAAACCCAAAUUAAGUUAAGUUGCAUUAUAAGAAUGAUAAUAUGACAUUCAACGUUAAUAUCAAUGACACAAGCUAUUCUAUUUAGACAAAAUGCUCUUCUAAUUGAUCCGUUACUGUUUUGAAUCUAUCUGUCUUAUUACUUAGCAUCUUAAAGAUUGUUUUUCUUCAGAGGCAUACGGUAUAUGAAAUGAAAAUAUUGAUAAAAUGUAGGACAGUCAAACGAUUAAUCACGAUUAAUCGCAUCCAGAAUAAUAGUUUGUGUUUCCAUAAUAUAUGUCUGUGUAAUGUGCGUAUUUGUUUUUUGGUGUAAAAACAUACACAUGCAUAUAUUUAAGAAAACUAUCAAAUCUAAAAAUUAAAAAAAAUUAUAUAUAAUUUGAAUGGUUGGUCAAUGGAAAUACAUUUAGAUAAAUAUUUCAUAAAUAUGUAAGUCAAUAAAUACAAAGUUAAUAUGCAAAGGACACAGACAUAUAUUAUAUAUAUAGACAUAUAAAAUUGUAUUCUGGAUUAAUCGUAAAUAAUAAUUUGACAGCCCUAAUAAAAUGACAUAAAUGUCUGUAUAAGACAAGAAGCUUUUCAUGUGCAACACAAUGACCUGUGUCAUGUACAGUACAAUGAGAAUAAAAUAGCAAAAAUAUUUAUAUUGUCAUGGCGACAAAAUGUUUUUCUUUUUCGUGUCAUCACCAGUCAGAAAUCUUUAUUUUGACUCAUACUUUAUUUUACAUUUGUGGUAAAUGUAGUCAUUUCACUCAUAACCGAAGGUUAAUUUUGGACCCUGUUGAUAUCAUUCCGAUUUCAUUUUUGGUGUUAAACACAAGUAUUUACCUCAUUCCAGAUAGAUUUGGGCUGCUCUAUAAUAAUAGGUUCUGAAUGUGACUAAUAUUGUCUUAUCAUUUCUAAAGAAACACUGCGGCAGAGCUGACAUGUGUGUUUUUCUGUAUAUUGUGCUUUGAAUUUGCUGGAUUUCUUCCUUGAAAGACCUCAUAAACAUAAAACUGCCAAAAUGAAGUGCGAAAGGCUUGUUUGUUUGUUUUUUAGCAUUUUUUGCAAAUGCUAAGCAGUAUAUAAACUUUUGAGUUGUCGAAUCAUUCAUAUUGUAAAAGACAAAGUUGUAUGUCUGCCAAACUGGGCAGUUUUUAUGUAGAAGUUUAACAAAUUAAAGGUCAUUUUA